GCGAGGCCAAGGGCCGAGAGCUCGUCCCCAGUGCGCAUGAGCCGCGGCACUGCUCGUUUGUCCAGGUGGACUUUGGUCCCACAUCUAAACGCGCGUCGCCCUGGAGCAACGCACCGCAGGUGAGCUCUGCCGCUUCUGGACCGGGCGUGUUUCUGCUGCUCGCCCCACGCGGGGGCCCUGGGACCCGAGCUCAGGUGUGUGCGUGUUCUUCCGGUUCCCGUAACAACAUGACGCAGCCCAUCCUCCACUGUCUCCUGUUACUUCACGCAGCAAGAGGGUUGAUGGCUCAAGUGCAGCUGUGGCCUAUGAAUGCUACGGUUCUCCUAGGCACCAACGCCACGUUCAACUGCAGCGUGCAGCAGCAGUGGGUCGCCAUGGCCUGGCUGCUCAAGAGCGACGUUGUGCUGAUCAUCACCAGGGACCACGGCCCUGCGAUCAACAACCUUCGCUACACGGCGCAGAACUACAGCACAGCCCAGGAGUCCACGUGGGCGUUCACCGUCAUCGGCGUGAGGCAGAACGACACAGGACCCGUCUCCUGCGACGUCCAGAACAUUCAGAAGCAGACAGCGUUUCUGGAUGUUCAAGAGAGCGGCACGGUGGCUAUCUUGGGCGGGAACGUGACGGCGACGCAGGGAGACCUCGCCUACUUCCAGUGCCAGGCGCUGGGCUGGCGUCCGGCGCCCACCGUGAGCUGGACCGUGGAGGGCCGCGCGGUAAACGCAGACAGCUACAACGUGAGCUCCGUGGACUGGGGGAACUUGUUCAACACGACGAGCACGCUGGGCGUGGUGGCGAACAACAGCGCCCCGGUGGUGUGCCGGGCCUCGGUGUCCACGAUGCCCGCUCCCCUGACCGGCACAGCCUUCAUGUCCGUGGGUGAGCGAUUCCCCCUCCAGACCCACCGGGCAGCUCUGAUUGCGCAAGAGCCGAUGGGUGUGCGGGUGGAAGCUAAUCGAAUUCAGGGCAGGGAACCUUCUGGUGUUCACUGGAGGUACGGUCACCGCGUGGCCAAGCCGAGCCAGAGGAGCCAGACGGUGCUGAUCGCCGUCACCGUGUCCAUCGUUCUGCUCGUGGUCAUCGUGAUCGUCAUCAUCAUCAUUGUCGUCUUCUGCUGCAAAAGGAGGAACGCCAAAAAAUCCAGCUAUCAGGAUGAAAUGAGGAAAACGAGAUCUCAGACAGAGGAACGACAAAACUCUCCGGGUAAACAGGGGAUGGACAACCUGGGCUACGCUACAGACAACCACUCAGGCGUCGUCCACGGCCAGUACAGCGACAGCGGCUUCAGCCAGCCCAGCUCCACCAACACCCCUCAGACACCCAGCACCUCGUGCGUCCAUGCCUCCAACGCCCCUGGUCUCGUCUGCACCCACCACAGCGCCCUGAAGAAGUACCGCCAGGCCACCAUAGUGUAACACUCUGGGAGCACUGGGAAUGCUGGGAACUCUGGGAGCUAACCUGCGGAGCCCCACCUUGCUCCUCAAGACAACCUGCCAAGAGAUCAAAAAUGUACAGUUUCGGUUUUUAUUUUUCUAUGAAAAGGGUUACUUUGGUAAUUUGACAUUUAUUUAUUUGUCACACACUCUUACCCCGAGGUGAUGAGAGACACCACCAUCCUGCUGCACGGAAGGAACCAUUCCUCUCGGGGUUUUUUUUUUUUUUUUUUUUUACUGUGAUUUUACAGCUUCCUGCUGGAUGCCUUAGUCACAUUGCUCAGGAAGACAAAUAAAUGUGUCUCAAAUAACACUCAGAGACAGUCUGUCCCUCCAUACCUGGAGACAUUGCAUCCAGGAUAUUGGCAUAGUUUUAUGCUCCAUAUAUUGUACAUUUCUGUUAUGUUUAAAUCAUAUUUUCCAACUGCUGUUCCUAUUUAAGAAGUUGUAUAUUUCUUAAAUGUUUUUUUGGUUACUGACUAAUAAACUAAAUAUUUUCCUACUUGCUUUUUGGGCCAGUUAAGCAUGUAGGUGGACAGCUGGUAGUGUAGUGGUUAGAGCUGCUGUCUUUGGAC